AUUUCCCAACUCCAACUCCCACUCCCACUCCCACUCCACUCCAAUCCCCACCGUCACACAAUCUCUCUCUCUACGCGAACGCGUUCUCGACUGCCUCCAUAUAACGCGACUCUCUCUCUUUCUCUCUCUUGAAAGUGAAAUCGAACGGCCAGAAAACGGAUCAGAAAUUCAGAAAUCAGAACAACAAAAACAAUCACGAAACGUCUCUCCCUCACCACCCCAUCUCUCUCUCUCCCUGGAAAAAUCUAUCUCUCGUUCGCAUACAUAUACGUCAAAUACUCGAAUACGUAUAUUUAUUUUGAUUUUAUAUAUAAUUUCGUUUUUGUUUAUUUAUUGGUGAUUGGUGAUAGGAUAGGCUAGGGUUAGGGCGUGGAUUUGAUAUUGUGGUGGUGGUGGUGGUGGCGGCGGUUGGUGGAGGAGAUGACCGGCGUCGGCAGCUGCGGGAAAAACCUAGCCCUAAUUCGGUACGUAGGUUCUCAGUGGUGAAAUUAUUGAUAGGGCCUCGUGUUUCGCGGUAAUUAUGAAACCGCCCCUGCCUUCGGAAGUGGGGAUGGAUUUCUACACGCAGGCUUGUAAAGCGCUCUGCAAGCGCUCCCCAUUCGAUUCCGAGGAUGCGCAGGCGUCUACUCUGUCUCUUACACUUCCCAGUGGGCUGGCUCAGCUGCUGUCCAAGCAUUCUGAUAGUCGGAAGAAGCACAAGAAGUCGCAUUCCGGUUCGGAAACAAAGUCUUCUUCGCGACAAGAUAAGGUUCGUCUCUCCGGCUUUUGGGCGGAAAUGGAGGACUACUUUCGGGAGUUAACGGUCGAUGAUAUUGAAAGACUUUAUCAGCUUCCUUCUUUUCCACCAUCUAAGAGCGACAAGUUAUUUUCAAUCCCUUCAGUUUGCAAUGCGGGUAAUGCAGAGGCAGUUGUGCAUAAUCCGAAUGCAAUUGCUUUGAAUAGUGGGGUUUCGGAUAAAGAAGGUUCUAUACGGGAAAAAAAUGAGCAGCGCCUUAUGGAUGUUGAUAGUGUAGGAACUGCCUCUUUGUCUAAAUCAGUAAGGAUGGAGAAGGUUUUUCCUCCUUUUAGCGGCCUAGAGUGGCUGUUAGGUUCUAGGUCAAAGAUAUAUCUCACCUCAGAGAGGCCCAAUAAGAAAAGGAAGCUGUUGGGAGGGGAAGCUGGGUUGGAGAAGCUUAUGGUUGCUCACCCAGUGGAAGGGUCAGCUUCUUUGUGUCACUAUUGCAGUUUUGGUGACAUGGGUGAUACUUUGAACCGGUUGGUUGUUUGUGGUUCCUGUGGCAUGGCAGUUCAUCAGAGAUGUUAUGGGGUGCAGGAUGAUGUUGAGUGUUCUUGGAUGUGCUCCUGGUGCAAGCAAAAGAAUCCAUUACUAAGCCAUGAGAAGCCAUGCCUGCUUUGUCCCAAGCAGGGUGGCGCCAUGAAACCUUCUCAGAAGAGGGGUUUGGGAUGUCAAGAGCAGUCUGCUGUUGAGUUUGCUCACCUGUUUUGUUGUCAGUGGAUGCCUGAGGUUUAUGUUGAGAACACCCGGAUGAUGGAACCUAUAGUGAACAUUGAUGGCAUAAAAGAAACUCGAAGAAAGUUAAUUUGUUAUCUAUGUAAGGUGAAACAUGGGGCUUGUGUUCGGUGUAGUAAUGGAGCUUGCAGAACAUCUUUUCAUCCUAUAUGUGCAAGGGAGGCAAGACACAGAAUGGAGAUAUGGGGGAAGCUCGGUAGUGAUGAUGUUGAGCUGCGUGCAUUUUGCUCAAAGCACUCCGAAGUCCAUAACAAUGGCAGCAGUCAGCAGAAUGGCAAUGCGGCUGUACAUCUGUCUGUUGUUUCUUAUUCCAAUGAUACCAAUCAGAUGACAGCAUCAACAAUGAACAAGCCUCAAAAGUUAAAAAUUAGCCAACGUAAUGGCGAUAAUAUGGCUAAUGGAAUCAGAGGUGCAAACUUGGAUCAAGAUAAAUUGAAUAAUGAUGUCUCUCUUGAGGAAGGGCUGUUGGGCAGACAGGGCAGUGUAUCUAAUUCCAAAUGUCAAACCUCUCUUGGUGACUCAUUGCAGCAUAUUAGUAAGGAUUUGUUGGAAGUAUGCAUAAAUGAAGAUAGUAAUGCCGCUGAUCCUUUGAGUGUUACCAUUGUAUUGAAGAAGUUAAUUGAUCGGGGAAGUGUUGAUGUGGAUGACCUGGCUUCAGAGAUGGGCGUCUCUUCUGAUUCAUUUGCCUCGAUGCUCAAUGAUGAUCACAUUGUCGGUGAGUUGCAUUGUAAAGUAGUUAAGUGGCUUAGGAAUCGUCCCAACGUAGGAAAUGUACAGAAAACUUUGAGAGUUAAAAUCAAACCAACAUUGGCUACAAAAUCUGAGACUGCUGUUGCUGAUAAUGCUGAUUCUGUUAAAUUAACAGACCCUGAGAUUUCCAAUAAUAUUCCUGUUAAGUCUGUUCCACCUCAUAGACGAACCAAAAACAAUACAAGGAUUGCAAAGGAUGACAAGUUGUGUUCAGCUACAGAUCUACCUAUAAAUGACAGAUUAAAGAAAGUUGAAGUUCAACCAUAUCUGCAUGAUGUUGUUGAUUCAAAUCCAGUUAAAGAUCCUCCUUGUUCCAGUCCACAGAAGAUAUCUACUGAGCAUGUCUCAUCUCAUGAUACCUCUGCAAAUGAGUCUUACAAUGAUGAAGCAGUUGGGCUAUCAACUGCUUCAGCCAAUGGCCAUUCUGAUGAGGGAGCUGCUGCUUCAGAUCAGUGUCCUGCCUUGAAAGAUGAUUCAAAGAUUCCUAGUUUUUUUCCUCCGAACAGCGUACCUGAUAUCAUGAAGCUGGAAAAAUCUGCAUCUUACAUUCACCCACUUAUUGUACAUAAAUUAAAUGACUUGGGGGAGGCAGUCACUGUGGAGAGUGGUGUUACAUGUUUGAGACAAAGAGAAGCAUCAAGGCCUGAAGCUUCCUCUAGUUCUGGGACUUGCUGCAAUGAUCAGAAUCAACCAUCAACUUCUGGUGACUCUAUUUCCAAGUAUAAUGGGACAACUCUAGAGCAGUUAAUCAAAUCAAAGAAUACGGGUCUUUUGAAAAUGUCACCCAUGGAUGAUGUCGAAGGAGAAAUUAUUUUUUAUCAGCACAAGCUAUUAUCUAAUACUGCAGCAAGAAAACGCCUUAGUGAUGAUUUGAUCAGUAAAGUUGCAAGAAGCCUCCAGCAGGAGAUUAAUGCUGCUAGAAAGCAAGAAUGGGAUUCUGUUUUAGUUAGUAAAUAUCUGUAUGAGCUUAGAGAGGCCAGAAAACAAGGAAGGAAAGAGAGGAGGCACAAAGAAGCUCAGGCUGUACUGGCUGCUGCAACUGCUGCUGCUGCUGCAUCUUCUAGGAUGUCAUCAUUGAGGAAAGAUAAUCUUGAAGAAUCCAUUCAUCAUGAGGACCUAUCCAAGAUGACUACUUCCAAUCAAAUGCCCCAGCAGAAUCCUCGUGCAAAAGAGUCAUUUUCAAGGUCAAGUGCUAUGCAGGGUUUAUCAGAAAGCAUCUCUGACCCUAUCCAGUUGGGCUCUGAUUUUUCUAGAGACCACCCUAGAAUUUGUGAUGUCUGUGGACGGUCUGAGACAAUUUUAAAGUCCAUCCUUGUUUGUUCUGCAUGCAAGGUUGCUGUGCACUUGGAUUGCUAUUGUAGUGUCAGAAACUCAGCAGGGCCGUGGUAUUGUGAACUAUGCGAUGAUAAAUUGCAUGGAGGAUUGGGAAUACCCGCUGCUAAUUUAUGGGACAAGGAGAAACCCUGUUUUGUUGCAGAAUGUGGUUUAUGUGGUGGCACUACGGGUGCUUUUAGAAAGUCAACUGACGGUCACUGGGUGCAUGCAGUUUGUGCUGAAUGGGUGUUGGAGUCUACUUUCAGAAGGGGACAAGUGAAUUCAAUUGAGGGAAUGGCAAUAGUUCGCAAGGGGAACGAUGUCUGUGUUAUUUGCCAUAGGAAACAUGGUGUAUGCAUCAAGUGUAGUUAUGGGCACUGCCGCAGCACAUUCCAUCCUUAUUGUGCUAGGAGUGCUGGCUUAUUCAUGACUAGUAAAACAGUGGGUGGGAAGUUGCUGCACAAAGCUUACUGUGACAAACAUAGCAUGGACCAGAGACUAAAGGCUGAGACACAUAAACUUGGGAUAGAAGAGCUACAGCGUCUACGGCACAUCAGGGUUGACUUGGAGAAAAUACGCUUGCUUUGUGAAAGAAUAAUAAAAAGAGAAAAAUUGAAGCGUGAACUGGUCUUUUGCUCACAUGAGGUCCUUGCCUCUAGGAGAGAUGCAGUUGUUUUAUCUGCCCUCUCUCGUCAUCCUUUUUCCCAACAGGACGUGAGUUCAGAUUCGGCUACUACUACAUCUAUGAGGGGUUACACAGAUGGGUGUAAAUCUGGCAGUGAAACAGUCCAGAGAUCAGAUGACAUUACAGUUGACAGUGCAAUUGCUGGUAAACGACGGGGCAAGUUCCCUGUAUCGAUGGAUAAUGACCAAAAGACUGAUGACAGCUCUACAUCACCUAUCUUUUUUACACCUAAACCAAUGGAGAGAGUUUCCUCCUCUGGGAAGCAAAUUCCACUGAGGCAUCUUUUAUCAAGGAAUCCUUCACAUGAUGAGGAUAAGCGAAUGAGUUAUAGAAAGCACAUGGAAACUUUUCAAAAAGAGCUGGUAAUGACAUCUGAUCAAGCGACUAUGAAGAAUCAGCGGUUACCAAAGGGAUAUGUGUAUGUUCCCAUUCAAUGCCUUUCUAAGGAGGAGGAUGUUCCAGACACAUGUUCUCAAGAACCCCUGGAUCAUGAUGGGUAAGCUUUGUGUUUCCUCUUUGGAAAUGAUGGAUGUCUUCCUGGUUAGCAAUGAACAUGCUAUCUCCGGUGGAUCUGCUGCUCCUGCUGGAGCAUACCACAACCUUUAUCUUGGGAAGGAACUAGAAUGAUUUAUUGCCAUGAUGGGAGCUGGAAUGAUUUAUUGUCAUGAUGCUGGUGAGGAUGUUUGAUCAUUUUUGUAUAUCCAUAUUCCAGAGCUUGCUAUUCCCAAGGAUUGAGGUUGUCUCUUAUCAAGUGCUUUGAAUUGCACACCAUGAUAGUUAUUUGUUCUUAUGGAAGGGGUGACAAUAGCUCUGCAGCAUGUAAUUGUAUACAUCACUUAGAAGAGUAGUGGCAAACCGUGUAAAGUCAGUGUAUAUACGCACAAUGCUAACCAUCAAAGCAAUUAGUGCAAAAUCAGAUUUGAAGAGAUGUAACUUAUUUAUUGUUAAUUUAGAUUGUGACUGUUGAUGCCUUAGCUUCUUGUUUAUUGCAUGUAGCAACAUACCAGUCAGAAGCUGGAAACCAUGUGAUUUAUUCUCCUUCUGAGAUCUGGCUAUGCCAUCAAUUAAUUGACAUCAAGUGCGAAUAA